AUGAGUUCGACCUUCCAAACAUGGCCGCCACCCCAUCGCUGGGCAAUCCGAGCUGAAAAAAGAAAAGACGAGGAAGCGCAAGCCCAAUCUGCGAAGGGCGCAUGCGCCAAAGGAAUUCUGCGCCUGCGUGUCGCGGCGCCCGAGUGCGGUGAAAUUCGGAAUGAGGGAUUGAGAGAGGAAGGAGAGGUCAUUGGAGUCAUAGGAGCCGCUGGCAUUGGUGUGGUGUAUAAUUGGAGAGAGCAAGGCAUCUGUAAAUCGGUUUGGGGGAGGUGUGAAGAGCUCAACAAAAACCCAGUGGAAGGCUUUUCAGCAGGUUUAAUAGAUGACAAUGAUCUCUAUCGAUGGGAAGUUCUUAUUAUUGGGCCUCCAGAUACACUCUAUGAAGGUGGUGUUUUCAAGGCUCAUCUUACUUUCCCAAAAGACUAUCCUCUCAGGCCGCCAAAAAUGAAAUUUAUCACAGAAAUAUGGCAUCCAAAUGUUGACAAAAAUGGUGAUGUCUGUAUUUCCAUCCUUCAUGAACCUGGUGAAGACAAGUAUGGCUAUGAGAAACCUGAAGAACGCUGGCUUCCCAUUCAUACAGUGGAAACCAUAAUGAUUAGUGUAAUUUCUAUGCUGGCAGAUCCCAACGGCGAUUCUCCUGCUAAUGUUGAUGCAGCGAAAGAAUGGAGGGAAGAUAGAAAUGGAGAAUUCAAAAGAAAAGUUGCCCGCUGUGUAAGAAAAAGCCAAGAAACUGCUUUUGAGUGACACUUAAUUCAGUUAGUAGCUUCACUUUUUUUCAGGGUAAGUAAUUUAACUAACAGA